AUGUCUCAACAGUCGCCAUCUUCCUACAACGUGGGCUACCCGCAAGCCUCGCACCAGCCGAUUUCGCGCAAGCGCAGUCAUCAAGAGGACCAGCACUUGCAACAGCAAGAGCUUCCGACUCUAGAGCAGCAACUCAAUCCGUACGCACAAGCAACAGGAAGCGUCUCACUCGGUCACCCUGGCCAGGGAUACUCCCUUCAGCAGUAUCAACCGCCGCAAUCCCCGCACUCUGCUCUUCCUCCUACGCAUCAUCACCACCUGCCCAACCAACAUCGCAAUAAGCGUCAUCAACCGAUGGAGGGCGCUCCUCCCUCACCCGCCCAGCAUCAUGGCCCUCCUAGCGUGGUGGGACAAGAGGGGAUGCCCCCACCAGCAGCGCGACCGCGGGGUCCAAAGCUCAAGUUCACGCCCGAAGACGAUCAGCUCCUAGUCGACUUGAAGGAGAAGAAGAACCUCACUUGGAAACAGAUCGCAGACUUCUUUCCAGGGCGCAGCUCGGGUACCUUGCAGGUCCGCUACUGCACGAAGCUCAAAGCAAAGACCACGGUAUGGACAGAUGAGAUGGUCCUGAAACUUCGCAACGCUAUGACAGAGUACGAAAACGAUCGAUGGCGCAUCAUUUCCUCGAAAGUCGGGAGCGGCUUUUCACCAGCUGCGUGUAGAGAAAAGGCUUCGGAAAUGGAUGCAGUCGAGGGCGCCGAAGAAGAUGAUCAAGAACAACAUCAAAGUGGCUAUACCUCGUCGCAACUCGGCGCCGGCCCCAGCGAUCCCGACCAAAGCUACCAGUGA